UCGAGCUUAAAUCAGCUGAGAAAAACCUUUUAUGGAUUUUAGAAAUCAGUAUUUCAUUGCAUGUCAAUGUUUUUAUACGGCCACACUGAUUUUCUUGCCGUCACACUGUUAACAUCCACAAUGGCGAAUACAUCAAGUACCGGCGUUGUGGUGCCACGAAAUUUCCGCUUACUGGAGGAGCUGGAUCAGGGCCAGAAGGGUGUAGGCGAUGGCACCAUCUCGUGGGGUCUGGAGAACGACGAUGAUAUGACGCUCACCUACUGGAUCGGCAUGAUCAUUGGUCCGCCUAGAACACCAUUUGAGAAUCGAAUGUAUUCACUAAAGAUUGAGUGCAACGAACGCUAUCCGGAUGAGCCGCCCACGCUAAGAUUUUUAACUAAAGUUAAUAUUAAUUGCAUUAACCAGAACAAUGGCGUGGUUGAUCAUAGAUCAGUGCCCAUGUUGGCCCGCUGGAGUCGUGAUUACACUAUAAAAACGAUGCUGCAGGAAAUCCGUAGGAUUAUGACCAUGAAAGAGAACCUGAAGCUGGCACAGCCGCCAGAAGGAAGCUGUUUUUAGUCGACAACAUCCAGCAAACAACACCAACAGCAACCCCGGCAGAUGCAGAAACAACCAGAGCCAGAGCCCCCACAGACACACUCACAGCAGAGCAACACCAGCAAACAAUAUCAGCCGGAAUCUAUACAGCCAUGAAUCUAUACAGAAGCAAGCUGUGUGUGGCAUGUGGCAUGCGCCUCUGAGCUGCGGCAGCCGCGGAGAUGAUUGAGAAGAUGAUGAAUGAGAAGCGAGUGGUUAUGUGGCCCGUUGAUGCUUGCAGCAACGGCAACCAAAAACCAAUUGCAAGUUAUACUAUAAGUAACAAGAUCAGCAAAGCAAACAAACACGUCACUAUAA